AUGACGAAAUUGCAUUAUCUCAUCCCUUUUUUCUUGGCUUUUUGUAAAGAGGAGGUUGAAAAGAAGCGCAUCGAACUCAUACAAGGACUUAAAGGCACCGAUCCAAACAAAUUAAAGUCAGCUCUCGACAUCAAGCUUGAUGUAGAAAUGCUGGAGCAGUAUAUAUUUGCUCUCAAAACAAUCAGUCUACCUCAAGGGGAAUACGAAUUCGUGUGCAGUGCAAUGGAUAGAAUAAGCAAGAGUGCUAGAUUCAACUUUGCAGUUCUGAUGUUGGACGGUGCUGCCGUGAAAGGUAAUUGA